CACCACCUCGACUCGCAUCCACUCCUCGAAUUUCCCCAUCGUCACUGCCACCUUCAUCAUCGCGCGGCAUGACCGCCCGCGCCUCUUCACGCGCGCUAGCCACGCUGGUCCAAUCGACGAACCCGCUCAGCACUCGAGCAUCACGCUCCGAUGAUGCAGAGACGGCCAAGGACAAGGAGGACAUGCUGCAGGACCUCAUCGAAGUUGCGAGGAGGACACUCGCGCAGCACCACUCGACCAAGCAGCCAGACACGCAGAGGUCUCUUGAGAGGAUUCGGAGACGCUUGUCGCGGUCUCCAAAUGGAGAGGCGACGCUCGCGCAGGUGGACGCACUGCUCGCUCGACUUGACGAGCUGGCCGAUCAACCUGGAGAGCUGCCAGCUAUUCUCGCCUUCCUCUCUCAACUCACACUCUCUGGCCCUUCAUCUUCAUCACGCACCGCCCUUGACGUGCCACAAUCAGCAGCGAGUGCUCGAACGAGCGCAGCGCCCAGCAUAGCCACGGGAUCACGUCCUGCCUCUCGUACUGCACCGCGUGGUAGUCUUGAGUCCACGAUCACUGGCGGUGCUGCUGCUCAGCCGCCUGUUACACGGCCCGAUGACGAGCGUAAAGUGGCAGCAGCAGAGACGGCAGCUCGGGCUCAAGAGGUAGACGCUGGUAGAAAACGCGCAGAAAGGGUACGGGAGGAGCGUCCACCGCUCGCUCCUGUGGCUCCAGCCGUAGCUGUCAUCGACGACGCAGAUCUCGGCAUAGGUACGGUACCCAAGUCGGUCGUCUUAGAGCGCUGGAGAGCUAAAGCGUCACAAUCGCACGUCUCCGAGCGCGACUUGUUGCGCGACGUCCUCUAUCUCCUUCAAGGCAUUAACGGGCAUCACGUCCGCUUCGAAGAGGAACGCCCGCAGCCGGUGCACGACCCCGGCGUCAUCUCAACGCAACCGUCCGACCCCGAGCCAAUCGUCAAAGUCAAGAUCGUGGACGGCAUCGACGGGCUACGUAUUCCUCUACCUACUCGGCAUCUUAUCCACCGCCUGGCAGAAGCGGGCAAGCACUACCAACGGAUCACCUCCUUCAUUCGUGCUCAAGCCGUCGAGGAGAAGACGGGUCGAGUGAUGCAGAGCCUCUGCCGCUUCCUCGAUGGUGAGCUGCAUGGCUAUUACGAGCUUAUCUGCAACCUAGAGGCCCACUUCAAUCGCGGUGCUGCGCAAGGACCAGAGGGCGAAGCGGCGUUGACGCUCAAGAAGGUCUCAGUGGACAUCGAGCCCUCGUUACUUCGCAUGCGGCUCAUGUCUUCGCUUGUCGAGGGGGCGCAACAUGCCCACGGGGGAGCCUUAGUCUCGCUCAUUCACAACUAUACCUUCAACGGCGACCCACUCAUUCGCUCCUUCACUGAGCGCCUGCUGCAGGAUGUAUCUCGCGGCUUCUUCGGCAGCUUGGCAAAGUGGAUCUACGAGGGAGAGCUUAGCGACCCUUUUGGGGAGUUCUUUGUCGCGCGUACCGACUCCUCAGCAGCUACGAACGCAUCGAACAUGCGCCGCCCAGCAGACGAGAUGGGUCACAACAGCGUCGAUGCGGCAGCGUUGUGGGAGCACAAGUUCGUUUUUCGCUCAGACCUCGUACCCACUUUCCUCGCCGAGACGUUCGCGCGCAAGAUCUUCUCGGCGGGCAAGUCGCUCAAUUUUAUCAGGGAAAGCUGUGGGGACGAGGAUUGGAAGGAGGCGCGCACUGCUGUCUUGUCUGCAGCGAAGGCCGAGGUGCCGACAUCAGGCGAAGAGACUGCACCGACGCUGCGAUACAGGGAUCUCGUGGGUCUCGAAAGGACCAUCGAUGCGGUGCACUCGACCAUCUCCAAACGACUGCUGGACAUCUUCCUUGACAAGUUCAAGCUGCAGGCUCACUUGAGGGCUAUCAAUGACUACCUCCUAUUGACGCGAGGAGACUUCUCCGAAGUCCUCAUGGAGUCCCUCUCCCCGAUUCUGCACAAACCGGCCUCCCUCUUGUAUCGUCACUCCCUCUCAGGGGCCCUCGAGACCGCGAUUCGCAGCUCUAACGCCCAGUACGAUGACAGCGAGAUUCUGAAUCGACUAGACGCCCGCGUUCUCGAAUUCUCAGGCAAUGAGACUGGCUGGGAGACCUUCACCUUGGAGUACCGUGUCGACUCCCCCGUCAACACCGUGCUCGAUGCAGGGGCCAUGGCGGAGUAUCAGGCCAUCUUCCAGCACUUGUGGAAGAUGAAGCGGGUAGAGACCAAUCUGGCUGCCAGUUGCGCGAGGUUGAUGGGCGCAACGAACGCGUUGAGUAAGGCGGUGUAUGCCAAGGGGGUCAAAGGGAGGAAAAGACGUGAGGCAGAGAAGGAUGAGGAUGUUGAGGCCCUGCGUCUCGAGUCACAUCGCUCCCUUCUGCUACUCUCUUCGAUGACCCACUUCAUUCGCCAACUUCAAGGCUACACCGAUCUUGAGGUCAUCUCUUACUCCUGGGCGGAUCUCGUCUCUUUCCUCAACAAGCGCCAAGGAGACCUCGAUGUCCUCAUCGCAGCGCACAGGGGCUACCUGACCAGCUUGCACGGCAAAGUGCUGUUGCGCGGCGGCAGUGGUGAUCUGGCAGGGGAGCUGAGGCACAACUUUGACUCGAUCCUCAAGUUUACGCGUGCUUGCGAUCAGCUGACGGUUUUCCUUGUUGACUUCUUGGCAAGAAGGGACCUCUAUCUCAAUCCGCGCAUGCUCGAGGAGGAUGGAGACGAGGAUGGAGAAGGAGGAAGACGACGUCGUGCCGGCGAGGAUGAAGAGGACGAGGCCACUGCGAGGCGGCUCUCGAACAUCCUGCGACUGCUGGGAGAUAGCGGGCAGGACUUCAAGGAGAGAACGGAGGCGAUCCUGACGAGGCUAGAGAGGCACGGCAAUCUUGUCAUUCGAGAUUUGAGCGUGAGGCUGGACUUUAAUGGAUACCACGCGAGGACGCGACCUGAGAGGACGACGGGUGGCCAUGGGGGAAGGAGUAGCGGGCUGGGCGAUAGAAUGGUGUCGUGAGAGCGCGAAUGCUACAAGGACUUUGCAAUGUCAUCAGCUGCGUAAAGCAAACCGCU